ACGUGAAACCCCUUUCUCAAUACGAUCUAUCGCCGCGAUGCCGGAGAGGAAUUGGCAAACGGAGAGAAGAAAAAAAUGAACAGUAAAAGUUUGAAACGUUGCCCUGAGAAAAAAAAACUCUCCUUAUUUCUCCAGCACGACGGUCUCAUUAAGAAGACACGAAGGCAGCAACAAAAAAGUUCUGGUGUAAGUUCGGGACCAGCUUUGCAAACAAAAUGGGAAAAGUGUGCGUCUCUUGCCGUGUGCUAACAACUACAUCAAAGGAGCGAACGGCGUAUUUAUAAAGGUUUUGUGACUGAAAGGGAAAUAGCUUGCAGGCACAAGGCACAUGACUACUCCAUUUAGGGGAAAGGGGCAGAUCAGCUCAAUCAGUACAGCCUCGGGGCUCAAAUCCUAGACAAUAAAUACCUUACAUAACAUUUAAUUGUUUUCCUUUUCAGUUAGGGAGAUCGAAGUGAAAAGCCACUGAACACAUCACGCUGGUGAACAUAAACUGCAGAGCCAGAGAAUAGCAUUUUUCGAGGUUCCGGAUUGUAUUCUUGUAAGGAUCAACAGUGCAAGUGUCCCGUCGCCAAUGAAAUGUCUUUCUAAAGGUGGAUACAACAACUGAUCUGAAGCACAAUCUUGACAUCACAAAGACAUCUCUGCAGUAUUCCACGAGCAACAUGUCCAAAGACGAGGUAAGCUGCAAGAUUAGUGCGGUUUGCAGGCACAAGGAACGCAAGCCAAAGAAGCCCCAUUACAUUCCCAGGCCAUGGGGGAAACCAUACAACUACAAAUGCUUUCAAUGCCCCUUCACCUGCAUGGAGAAAUCGCACCUUUACAAUCACAUGAAGUACAGCUUGUGUAAAAACUCCCUCUCGCUGCUGAUAGAGUCGGACUGGCCUUACAAGAAGAACAACAUUCUCAAUUCUGAUCUCCGCUCGCUGCAAGGCGCGACAGACCCGGGGCGGUCGGAGAAACGCAGACUGGAAUUGGAAAGCAACGACGAUGUCUCCAUUGCAGGUGACACUUCUAUCAAAGGCGCCGACAGGUGGGACGCCUGCAGAGCCAGCGUUGAGCUAAGCACUUUGGAAGGACCUGACAAACGGACGUGCUCCUCAAGAGAAAGAGAGAAAGUAGGCUUCGGCACGGAACCGAAAUCAAUGGACCACUCCAAGAAAACACAGGAGGCAAGGUGUUUACCCAACGCUGACCUACAAACGCCCUCCAGAAGCAAAAUGGCCAAACUGAGCAAAAAGGCCGAGACUGAUUUCAUUAUAACUGAUGUCUUUUCCCUGAAGGACUCGGUCAUGAAGAAUAAGGUUUUACCAACUGCAGGACUGGAAGCCAAGCUAAAACACUACAAGCUUCCGAGGAACUGUGUGAGCAGUAAUGGGAUUCUCAUGGAACAGUGGAAGCUGGUCACAUCUGGGCAGAGAAAGCACGCAGCUGACAUUUCUUCAUCGUGUACUGAGACAAAUAUAAUUCCGUGCUACCCACCACCGGCGUACAGCGACUACCAAGAGCCGCAGGGACUGAAUCUCUCAGUGCUCGGGGUUAAUUACCCCAUGAACCACAGUCUGUUCUCCUAUUUGAGUCCUGCCAUCAAUCCCAAUGGAACGACACCUGCACAGGUGGCUCAGCUGCCUUUCCUCAGCUCCUCGGCUCAGUUAGUCCACCCACAGUCUGGACAUUUGCAACCGGCACAUCUCCCAGGACGGUCUCCGGUCCCGCCUAGGUUCUUCUACCCCCUGUUAUUCGAGCAGACCCUCAGCACAGCAGAGAAUAGAUCGACAACCAGCCACAAUGACCAGGACCUAACAAACCCGGCGGCUCCAAAUAUCCUUGCAUCGCGGGCGCUCGAUAUUCCCAACAAAGCCUAUUUGCGUAAGGUUCCUAUCUUAAGGCCUCAUGUGAGCAAACCUUCUGUGCAGGCGGAUGGCGGUUCAGCUGAUGCCAACUACAAGUCCUUCUUGACACGGGCCCCUGACCAGAAAUACCCGGCGCCCGCCGGGGAAAAUCCCGCAGUAACUCACAAAAACGCGUUUGUGUACAACUCUCCAACUUGUAAAAACUCCCGGGACACCGAGGAUAGGUUUAUCAAAACAACAAUUGGAAACAACCAAGAGACGUCUUUGACGGUUUCCCCAAGAACAAGCGAAACAUCAGCAAGCCUGGAGGAAUCAAAAGAAAAUCCAAGCCCGUCAACGUUACUGUCGGUUCCUCUUUCAUCGGAAAAUUCCAAGCAGCCAGACAAUAGUGAGCCGCCUUGCAUCGAGAGCAUUUCGUCAUCGUACCAAAAGAUGCCACCACAAUGGACCACAGAACUGGAGGAAACGACAAAGGAAAAUCCAAGGAGAAGCCCUGAGUUCAGAAAGUUGUCCCCAACUGCAACUUCCCCAGUAAGUAACAACCUCUGCAAAUCGGGUAAAGCAUCUAACUGCCUUCAGACAGGCAAAGAGAAGAAUGGCUCUGUGGUGCUGAUAAACGACCUUUGUAAAGUCAUCCACGAAUACCAAGAUGUUGAAGAGAAGUUGUGCUUUGUGGUCGAUGAGGAUACACCCGGCCAGAAACAACUCAGGGGACAACUAACUAAGAUUAGAAAAGAAUUAUACCACAUCCGUCAGGUAUUGGAGAAGACAUCCAAGCAACAUGAAGGACCCUUGGACCUCUCUGUCAAGAAGUCACAGGAUGGGGUUGCGAGGAACCGUAAGAACAGCGAAUGCCCGGAAGAAACGUUCGAAAAUUGCGGCACGCGGGACUCGAGCCUAGGCCGAGCGGAGCAAAGUGCGGGCAAGCGUGCAGAAAGCGCAGUGAGCAAAGCGAAAGCAGCGCAAAACUGUUACGCCAACGCUGACAACAAGUCGUUGGAUUUGUGCGUGAAAGUGCACGAGUUUGAAAGACUCGGAACCUCCCCGGAAAUGGACACCGUCGCGACUCACAGGGCAGAUCUAGUGAGAGCCAGCGGCCCUCAGCUGCCAAAGAGCAUUUCAACAGAGACUACUUUCACAAACAGAGCAACCAAGUGCGAAGCAGACUCCAGUGUACCUCUGAGUGCUGAGGGGAAGUUUAUUUCACACCUGCUGCCAGUGGCUGAGGAGAGCUGCAGCAAGGGUGAGGCUUUGAAAAGGGCACCGUCAGGUGAUGAUCAGAAGGGCGGGGUGAAAGUUGUGUGUACUCACCCCUUCAGUGGCAGAUAGGUUAGGAUCAAUAAAACAGAAUAGGAUAAUAUGAACCCAGCAAUGUGAAGAUACGAGCACAGUGGUUGUGUCGGUAAUUAGACAGAAUGGCUUAAUUAACGGCCAGCACUGGAACAGGUUUAGUUUAGUUUAGAGAUACAGCGCGGAAACAGGCCC